AUCCACCUGUAUCUGAAUCAAGGGUUGGAAUCAAAAGUGUUUAUCACUGUGUCUGUCUGUAGCCUUAUUUUUCUGGCACUGUGGUCUUGGCAUUCCAGCUCUGGUGGGUCCUCAAGUCUCUAGAGCAAAGCAGUACAUUGGGGACACUGUGGGGCUUUUGGGAUGAGAAUACAUUCUCCCCACUCCUGCGGUGGUUCUAAGAGUACCUUUUGCAUACACUGUGUCUUGACUAAAUCUCUUCCUCACUUGUCUCACUCAGGGUUGCUUCUGGCCUUUCUGCUUCUGCCAACAGUAAAGCAUAUUUUUAUCUUCUAUAAAGUGAGGCCAGACAAGCCCUGGAUGCUUUCCACAGCCCCUUCCAGACAUGUCAGGAACACGCUAGGCCUUCACUGGGGGCAUGUGCAGUGGGCUUGUUAGACUCACUGCUGGACAGGCAUCUGGUGACUGGCAUGUCAUUUCAGCCCAGCGCUGUGUGUCUGGCUGCCUUGUCUUGCUUCCUGUGGAAAGAACCCCACCAAGCCAGAUGUGGCAUGAAGGCUCCUGGAGAGGCUUGAUGUAAGAAACAGCUCUGAGAUGCCUGUCCUCAAGGCUGACGGGAAAGAAGCCAUUUGUCUCAACAUCCUGUAUGAUGUGGUUCAUGCCGUGACCGAGAAAAUCCCGGUGGGGAAUGUGCUGGAACACAAUCUGUAUUGAUGGACCUGGCCUCACUUUGGUGGCUUGAUCAGAAUGUCACAGGAACUGGAAGAAAGUCACAGACGGAUCUGCUAGGGGUGACAGAACCCCAUACCCUGUGACUUCUGAUUCUUGCUUGUCAAGUGUUCCCCUUUCUCGCACUCUGGAUGAUGUCAGAGCAGGACCUGGCAGAUGUGGUUCAGAUUGCAGUGGAAGACCUGAGUCCUGACCACCCAGUUGUUUUGGAGAAUCAUGUCGUGACAGAUGAUGACGAACCUGCUUUAAAGCGCCAGCGGCUAGAGAUCAAUUGCCAGGAUCCCUCAAUAAAGUCUUUCCUGUACUCUAUUAACCAGACGAUAUGUUUGCGGUUGGAUAGCAUUGAGGCCAAGCUGCAAGCUCUCGAGGCUACUUGCAAAUCUCUGGAAGAGAAGCUAGACCUGGUCACCAAUAAACAGCACAGUCCCAUCCAGGUCCCCAUGGUGGCUGGUUCCCCACUUGGCGCCACACAGACCUGCAACAAAGUGCGAUGCGUCGUCCCCCAGACUACAGUAAUACUCAACAAUGAUCGGCAGAACGCCAUUGUAGCCAAGAUGGAAGACCCAUUGAGCAACAGGGCUCCGGAUUCCCUGGAAAAUAUCAUUAGCAACGCUGUUCCUGGGCGUCGGCAGAACACCAUCGUAGUGAAAGUGCCUGGUCAGGACGACAGCCACAAUGAAGAUGGCGAGAGUGGGUCAGAGGCCAGCGACUCCGUGUCUAACUGCGGCCAGCCAGGAAGCCAGAACAUUGGAAGCAACGUCACUCUCAUCACCCUGAACUCUGAAGAGGACUACCCCAAUGGCACCUGGCUGGGCGACGAGAACAACCCUGAGAUGCGCGUGCGCUGUGCCAUCAUCCCCUCUGACAUGCUGCACAUCAGCACCAACUGUCGCACAGCCGAGAAGAUGGCGCUGACCCUGCUGGACUACCUGUUCCACCGUGAGGUGCAGGCUGUGUCCAACUUGUCAGGCCAGGGCAAGCAUGGGAAGAAGCAGCUGGACCCCCUCACUAUCUAUGGCAUCCGGUGUCACCUCUUCUAUAAAUUUGGAAUCACGGAAUCUGACUGGUAUCGAAUCAAGCAGAGCAUUGAUUCCAAGUGCCGCACAGCCUGGCGGCGGAAGCAGCGAGGCCAGAGCCUGGCGGUCAAGAGCUUCUCUCGGAGGACACCAUCCUCUUCCUCAUACAGUGCCUCAGAGACCAUGAUGGGAACCCCUCCCCCCACCAGCGAGCUACAGCAGUCACAGCCACAGGCCCUACACUACGCAUUGGCCAACGCACAGCAAGUCCAGAUCCACCAGAUUGGGGAGGAUGGACAGGUGCAAGUAAUCCCACAGGGCCACCUCCAUAUUGCCCAGGUGCCUCAAGGGGAACAGGUGCAGAUCACACAGGACAGUGAGGGCAAUCUGCAGAUCCAUCACGUGGGUCAGGACGGUCAGUCGUGGGGCCUGUGCCAGAAUCCCAUUCCUGUCAGCGGUGACUCAGUGGCCCAGGCUAACCCCUCCCAGCUUUGGCCUCUGGGAGGAGACACACUUGAUCUGCCUGCUGGAAAUGAAAUGAUCCAGGUACUGCAGGGUGCUCAGCUCAUAGCCGUGGCCUCUUCAGACCCUGCUGCAACAGGAGUGGACGGGUCGCCUCUCCAGGGCAGUGACAUUCAGGUUCAGUAUGUCCAGCUGGCGCCGGUGAGCGACCACACAGCUGCAGCUCAGACGGCUGAGGCAUUGCAACCCACUCUGCAGCCUGAAAUGCAGCUUGAACAUGGAGCCAUCCAGAUCCAGUGAGACACUGUAGGAGUGCCAUACCACAGCUGCUCACUGACCCUGCCUUGUGCCCUGCUCUCUUGCUUCAGCAAGCAACUGCAGGUUCUGCUGGGCAUCCGAGAGCUCCUCCUCCCAGGGAAAGGUCCUGGCCACCCCUGCUGGAAGGUGCCUCAGGAUUUGAGUCUCACUGCUAGUCUUCAAAGGAGAAGCCUAGUGCAGAGUGUCGAGUACGUUCAGAAAAACAAGAACUACGAUAUUUUGUUUAAACAGCUUUUUUAAUUUGUUAUGGUGUUUAUAACAAAAAAGAAAAUGGAAAAAAAAAACCCAAAAAAACAAAAAACCAACCAAACAAAGAAAAACCAGAACAGAAACACAACUGUGGAGUAGUGGAAGCCUGGGCCGUGUGCUCCCUUCAGGGUCCUGAAGUAGAUGUUGGAGCCAGCUGACAAUGCUGGAGCACUUCGGACCUGCUGCUAGGGGAGUGCGCCAAAGGGAGUGCUCCCCAGUGUGAUUAUGCAUUUCUGAUGAAAUAAAGUGUAUUUAUGGCCACA